AUGACUUCUCUUUUAAACAACCAAGAUACACUUAACUCUAAUAUGGUCAAGCAAGCCAGCCAUAUUAAUAGUCAUUUGAAUAAAUAGAGAGCUCAUUAAGAAUUAAUAUCAGGAGGAAGUAUCAAAGCACCAUUCAUAGGAUAAGAUUUGAUAAAUGUAUCAAAUGGAGCGAGAAAAAUGUUAGAAACUGUCCUAAAAAAUUGUGAUCUACAUGCCGUGCCUGCAACAAAAGAUGAAUAUUAUCAUCUAUAGAAAAUUUUAAUGGAAAAUGAAGACCUUAGUCAAACAAAUGUUGCUCGAAUGAUAAGAUCACUUUCUGAAUAACUUAAAUACGAUCUAAAAUUGCAAUAAUUAGUAGUAAAGGAAUUAGGAUUUGAUUAAUAGACCAGAAUUUUUCAUACUCAAGAGGUCGAAGCUGUAUAACAUCCAGACGAGCCGGACAAUGAUAUUGGAUAUAUCAAAUUAAGUACUUUUUUAGAAAAAUUUGCCCAGAUCUUUGAUAUCACAUAGUAAUUUGGAUAAAAAUCUUUGAAAAAUGUAAUGGGAAGUCAAGAAUCCCAUAAAACCUAAAAUAACGAGACUUUUAUAAGUCCGGUCUGUAGUUAGCAGCAAAUAAAUGAAGCAAGAUAGCUUGAGCUCAUUUAAAUAACCUCAGUAUUCGACGAUCAAUAAUCAAGAUACCAAUAAUCAAAGUAAGAAAUAUUCGAUACCACUCAAAACAGAUGGGAAAAUCAAAAGCAAUCUAAAAAUGAUAUGGACGAUUGCUAUGAUUUACUUGCUCAUGAAAAUCUUGAAGUUAUUUAAAACUAGAAUAUUUCAGCCACUAACUAUCAUCAUCCUCUCUAAUUCCUUUCUAAUUAAUCUAAAAAUAGAUACCCUUAGCAUAGUGGACUAAUGGAUAUGAUUAACAAUAUUCAUGGUCAAAAGUAGCAAACUCACCAAGCAAAUCCUAGUAAAAAUUGCAGUAUAACUCCAAACACCUAAUUCAACAAUAAUAACAAUUUGGGUAUCAUGGGCUCUCAAACUAGAUAUCACUCAAGUUAGUACAGUACAUAAUUAUAGCAAUAGUAGUAACAUUAAAUAACUCAUCAGCCAGUUUAAUAGCCAGACUUUAAUAAGAAUUUACUAGAUUAUCAACCUUUGUAGUAAUAUAAGUUAUUUGCAAACAAUUCCUUGCUAUCAGCUAAUAAUUCAGUAAUGAAUACUCCAAUUAAUCAUAAAGAUCUCUAAAAUAAUCUCUAUCCUAACCAUUCAACAUUCAAACCGAAGUCUUCAGCAAAAUUACUUUUCGGCCAGAACAAUCCUAACUAGUCCCCCAAGUAUCUACCUCAUAGUUUCAGCAACAUCUAAACAAGAGAAUUCUCCAACGCAAAAACUCUUUUUCACAGCGAAAAUAAGUAAUUGCAGCAAUCUCCAAUGAUUUAGAAAUAAAUUUUGGGUUAGAAAUAAAGAGCUUAGUAUAAUGUAGAAUCAUUAGAAAGAUAAGUUAAUCAAUAAUAACAUGAAGAUGUCUUUACGACACCAGUCAAUAAAAGAAUAAAGAGUGAGAAAGUUUACUCAUCCAAUUUCAAGAAUACCUCCUCAGCCAUCGAUGAUUUAGCAGGGGAAUCUAGUUCUGAAAGUGAGAUUGAAAAGAACGAUGGAGAAAUUAAUGAUAAUGUUUCCUCAGCAAGCCGCAAGAAAAGAGGCCUCAAGAUACUUAGUGUAAAAGUUCAAGAACUAGUCUAUAAAAAGUAACAAACAACUUACAAAGAUGUGGCAAAUGAAUUGAUAAAAUAGCUAAGAGACAACAAAAAUAAGAUUCCAAAUCUAGAAGGCAUUGAUAACGAAGAUUCUCUAGAAGGCUUAGAAGACGAUGACUAUCUUUCUGAUGAAUCACCUAAUAAAAGGGGAGACUAGGCAUCAUCAUCUUCUUAGUAAAAAUGGGAGAAAAAUGUAAGAAGAAGAGUUUAUGAUGCAUUGAAUGUGCUAUAUGCUGCCGGAGUUUUGAAAAAAGAAGGAAAGCAUGUAUCUUGCGACAACAAAGUUCUUCAAUUAACUAACAAGCUGAAGGAUCCCUCGCUAUCAAAUAACAAACAAAUCGCAGCAAAAUGCUAGUAAUAAGAUCUCAAAAUGAUGUAGCACAUUGAAUAGCUUAAAUUCUAAGUCUAAUAAAUAGAGAAUAGAGUAGAGUAAAAAAGAGAGGUUCUCUUUGAUCAAUAUAAGCAUUUCAUUUCCUACAAGAAUUUAAUACACAGAAACAAAUAAGAUAAGGAUAAGGGAUGUUAUGACCCUAAUAAAUCAGUAUCUCUACCCUUCAUUUUGGUAUCAACAAAGGAUUGCCCUGAUAACGAGGUUGAAAUAUCUUUUGGAGAGCAAAAUAAAUCUCUCAAUAUCGCAAUGAAGAAACCAAUGAAAUGUAUUGGUGAUGCUGAUACCCUUAUCAAACUUGAAAUGUACAAGGUAUCGCAAAAAUGGGUAGAGCAAGUCAUCCCUGACUCAAUUCCUAUUCUAAAAUCACUUAAUGAGAAGCAAAGAUAUGAAAUUCUUGCUUGA